UGAACCAGGAUCUGAACCACGUAGAGAGGAACAGGUCCAUAAGGAAGUUCACAGCGAGAUGGACAGCACCUGUAUCAUCUACUCAUGUGACCGUCGCAAGAGGGAAACAUGUAUGUUAACAACAAUGGAAGCGCUGCUACAAGACGCCAGGGAGCUUUUGGGUUAUGGACAAGAUGACCAGCUUUCUGUUGUGCUGGAAAGAGAAGGAGCUAGGAUAACCAAAGAAGACGUUCUUCAUGGCAUAGCUAAGAAAAGAGAUGUUUUAGAACUGAUGAUCCUGAAUCUGACCAGACAAGAAUCAUGGGCUCCGGAGGAAGUGCCAAGCAAACUAACAAGCCCAAAUAUUCAGACGAUUAGCAUCAACCAAAGUCAAAACAUCCAAAUAGGAGACAGCAACCGAUUACUUCAAGUAGAUAAUAAGAGGGAUGAAGAUGAUUUGCAAGUUGAAAUGUCAGUACAAGAAAACACCGAAGAUAUAUCAGUGAUACCUGAUGCGUUACACCGACUGUAUUCCGCCAUUGCCCGACCAAAGCUUUGGUACAAGCUUGAUAGGAUUGCCCGCCAGGUGGACAGAAACAAAGUCCUGGAGUACAGGGAUGAAAAUGGAUUUAAUGUUCUACAUACUGCAGCGUUUCACAAUAACGAAGAUGCAGUUAUGACAAUAUUCAGACAUUUUGAUUGGGCUACACUUUCCACGCAGGUCACAAGCGGCACUCACCCUGGUGAGCUGGAAGGCUGCACUGCCAAAGAUAUAGCUGUGAAGAGACACAACAAGAGUGUGGCAGACCGAAUUGAUUCAUUAGACAAAACUGAUAGUGGAAUGAAUGUAAUCCACAAGGUCGUAAGGAGUCGAAACAUUGAUAAGUUAAAAGAAUUCUGCACAAGUGACCAUAAUUUGGUAAAUAUUACUGACUCAGAUAAUUUUACCCCACUGCACUAUGCCGCCGGUGUAGGAUUCCUUGAUGGUGUUAAGCUGCUUCUCAAAAUGGGUGCAGACCUGAAUGCUGUCACAGAGUCUGGUGAAACAGCCCUGGGUCGUGCCUGUCGGAUGGGGUACGAUGACGUGGUUGAGUACCUCACUGAUCUUCCGAACGUCGACAUCAAUAAAAGUCUGCAUUCAGCAAUGGGAGACGUAACGUGUCUCGAUGCAGCAGUGGAAGGCAACUUCAGAGAUAUUUACAACAGGCUACAGCGCCAUGGUUUACCUGUGACCAGCAAUACCCUGGUGUGUGCCGCACGGGGCGGUCACGUCGAGUUAGUGAAAGGAAUAGCAGCAAUGGACGGAAUCGAUGUCAAUCAUCAGAACAAGUACGGGAACACCGCUUUGCAUUUAGCAUCUAGAGAUGGUCAUGUAGAUGUGGUUAGGUAUUUGAUAAAUGAAGAUAGGGCUGACGCAUGUAUUCAGAACAACGUCGGAGACAAAACUCUGUCUGAAGCAUCUAGAAAUGGUAAUGGAGAUGUGGUAGAUGAACAUAAGAGGGACCCAACCAUUCUAAAUAACAAAGGUGAAAAUCCAGCACACAUGGCAGCAAGCAGUGGACAAGUGCAGUGUUUGGAUGCCAUUCUGAGAACACAUCCUGAAUUGAUGAACAAACGAGGUAAUCUCAACGAAGGGAGUCUGGUUUAUUUAGUCCGCGGUAAUGAUAAAGAAAGACCUGCAUGGCAUUAUGUUCUCGUCAAGAGGAAGCUUCUUGCGGACUUCUUAGUAAAAAUAAAAGGAAAAAUGAUAGAGUUGGAAGAUUACGGGAAGGUGCUGUCCUCAGGAUGGGGAGAAGAUCCUCCCGAUGACAUUAGACAGAAAGUGAAUGACAAGUACAAUACGUGUAAAGAUUCCUCACACGAGGACCUAACCCCGCUCCACCACGCCGUUCUAGAACAAUACCCCUCUGUGGUGGAGAAACUUCUGGAGCUUGGAGCUGCGACUGACGUCCGUGAUGCGUACAAACUGACGCCGCUGCAUUUGGCCUGUAUGCGCGGUAACAGAGAAAUUGUGAAACUACUGGUGGAAGCAGGGGCAGACACAAAGGCGGCAGACGACGAUGGCGACACCUCACUGAACGUGGCAAAACUCAACCACCAGGAUCUCAUUGUUGCUUUUUUGGAGAAGGUUGAGAUAGUGAAAUUCGUUAGAGAUAGCAUUCAACAACCAGUCAAAGAUAUUAUGGAGUUACUAGAACACGGCCUUGACACUGACGUCACAGCGGAUGUUUUGAAGACCCAGCUUCAUGAUAUAAUCCAGCGGUUGAUGACGGGAGGCUUCUCUUGUUUGGCAAAACUAAAUCCAGAAGAAGAUUCUUCCAAACGUUUUGAAAAGAAAACAAAUACCAAUAAAACAGACGAAGAGGAGUGA